GAAAUGUCUAUUUUAAAACCCACACAGUGGAGUUCCUGCUGUGGCACAGUGGGUUGGGAGUCUGACUGCAGCAGAUCAGGUCGCUGCACAGGCCAGGGUUCCAUCCCUGGCCUGACACAGUGGGUUAAAAGAUCCAGCUUGCCACAGCUGCAGCUUGGAAUUAAUCCCUGAGCCAGGAACUUCCAUGAGCCGAGGGUGUGUGGCCAUAAAAAUAAUAUCAGCAUAAUAACUGAACUUACCCACAGUGAAUGUAGAUUCAAACAAUGAUGUAAGGUCUGAUAAGAACUAACAAAUUCUAAUAGAUAGUCUAAAAAGACCAUACAAAAACAAUGUUUUACCCCUGGGCCUGCAGAAACAGUCAGCUCAAGGGGUUCACCCCAUUCGUCAUGUCCCUAUGGCUUUAUUUUCUCAAGUUGCCAUCAGAAACUUUCAGGGAACUCAGACUGGUCCAUGUACAUAAAAUAUAUAAGGCAGUUGGUAUCUUAUUUAUUCCCACUAUUACAAAUGAAAUUAAACCACUGAACAUUGUAGCCUUUGGGGGCGGGGUCUCCUUUUCAGUGAUAAGCCCAAGAAAUUUCUCCAUUUUAAUACAAAUAACCAUGUUGACCUAUUUUUCCUAAUUCUGCAUAUACUGAAACUAGGUGGUUACAAACAAAACCCAGAAACAUAAUUUGCAUUCUAAUGAAAUGAUCCUGAAAUUAUUCUUUUUUACUGUGGCUUUACCUGAUGCUCUACAGCACACAUUCCUGUGGGUCUCCUGCAGGAGAUGAUUCAGUGUGGAUGAUAAUCAGUGUUGAUUGAGGAAUCCUGAAAUUGGGGAGUCUGAUUCCUAAUGAAGUCUGUAUACCAAUCUACUGCAUAAGCGCCUCUUUAUUUACAGUUUGGUAAAAAAAUUAUAGGUAGAGAUGUUGCAGGCACAUGUGCACAAAUGUUCAAACUGCUUUGAAAAAGGAAUGAGAGAGAAAGAGAGAGAGAGAGAGGGUAUCCAAGUUCAAGUCAGGCAGGCAUUUCAGAUUUCAAGAGACAACUGAAAAGGGAACAUCUGUUAGAUCCUCUGGGUUUGAAGGCAAUCUAAGUCUUGGUAUUUCUGAGUGUGUGCACAUAGUGGAGAGGGUGGAGCCUUCCAACCUCAAAUCUAAAAAGAUUGAGAGAUUUGGGAAGGCCCAGAUGUGCCAAAGGUCAGAGGGAUCAAUAUCCAGACCCUACCAUGGGAAGGGGGUGGGGGAAGAUUCGGAUAAAAAACCGCUGCAAAAAGGAGGCCAAUAAGAGGUGAGGAAGUUUCUGAAUAAUUAAAAAGUUCAGAAUAAGCAAACUCCGUGGCCACAGGGGAAGGAGGUGGGAUGGGGGAUAAAAAAAAAAAAAAGCAGUUGAUGUGGUAAUUAAGAAUUUGGUGAGAGCCUGGGCAGGUCACCUCCUUUCCCAGAUCAGAGCCCCAUCAGAAAUUCUUUCAAGUGUCCUUCUGCGUCGCCAAAGAUGACAACAGCAAAUCAAUAAGUGCUUGAAAUGAAAGGGGAUGUUGGCGAGCCCCCAGGCUACAGAUUUCCCGCCGCCAGCCUUUUCUGAACUCCUAGCGUGCCUUUGCACCGCCUCUCUUAAGAAGAGCUACCUUUUAUUCCUAUUCUCAGGACGAAGGAGCCAUUUGCAUUUCCCACCAGCUGCUCACUUCAGCUGCACUGGCGCUGGGCGAGGCGGGGACCCAAAAGCUCGGCGCGCAGUCUGUGGCGGCCCGGACUGGGGUUAACCAGACCUCGGCGGGCGAGACUCCAGACGGAAGGGGGGCGAGGGGAAUGUGAGCUUCCCGGAGCCCCUCCAUCCCAGCCCUGGUCUGCAAACCUCUGAAUCUGGAAAAGGGGAGGGAGUGGCAUGCGCUCCUCUGCGCGUCUCUCCCGCGCAGUCCCUUUCUCUUUCUCUAGUCUCUCCGAGCGUCUCUGAAUCUCUGAAUCUUCCUAUCUCUGAUUUUCUCACUCUUCCCCACUUUUCCGUGAGAGUCCCCAUCGGUCCCUCCAGAUGGAGGCGAGGCUGUUCUGCUCUGAGCAUCUCUUAAUCUCUAUAAAAUGAAAAGAAGUGGGGGGGAGAUAUUAACCCAUAACUUAGGGGGGCUGGAAAGCCAGCAACAAUAUGUGAUGGUCAGAGGCGAAAAUGUCUUUCUUGGACUUACAUUAUGGGGGAUGCUGCGACCUUAGAUUUCAGUCGUGGAACUUGAAGAAAUUUGAUUGUCUUGCCUCAGCAAGAGUUCAGAAACCAGAAAUAGAAAUUCUCAGAGACAGGAAAUAAAAGUAAAAACAGCACGUGGGCAUUUUCCCCUCAUUUCUCUCCCCUUAAAUAAAACUGUCUUGAAUUUCCACUGGUAAAGAGAGAAAGUUUGAGUUUUCAUGGAUGUUAGGUGGAGGUUAGAAAUGGCUUAAACAUGUAGACCUCUCAUCAGUUUUCUUCUUGGCUGAAGAGGCUAACCCUUUCCAUAAAAUGAGUCCAUCUGUCGACUGUUAGCUAUUUCAAAGUGAAGGGAUUUAGCACUCAAAACAAAUUGAGCAAGUUUGUUUGCCUGUUUUUACUGCUAACUCAAAUGAAUUCAAAACACGGAGUAAUUCAAGAAAACACAUAACAUGUUCCAGACAGCCCCCAAAUGUAGGGAAAGCCCAGUCACCUAUAUGGUGACCUUGGUUAUUUUAAACGCCAGGCUUUCCAAAAUGUAUAUAAUUCACACACGUUCUCCCAACGUCAUUAUAUGUACUUAAAAUUGCGAGAUUUGGUACAUUGACUCAGGAAGAGCAGUACAACUUUUAGAGGGGAAUUUAUCCUCUCUUGAGGGCCAAAGGGAAGACUCUCCAAUGGCGGGCCUGGCAGAAUUUUGCUCCUAGGCAGUAAAUAAUAUCGGUGGCAAUACUGAACCAGGAGCGAUGGCUGUUUUCUGACACUUUUCAAAAACAUACAUUAACAGGACGCCCUUGAGAUUGAAAGAACUUUGUCAGAUAUGCCUGGCAGAAGCCUUCGCACCUGGUUUUCCAGGCGCAUCAUAUUUAUAGUCCUUCCACUCAAAGGCAGGACAGGGCAAAAAUAAUCCUCUCAUUACCAAAAUACAAGCCCUUGCUGGAGUCAAGAAAUCGGAAAAUCAGGGCUUAAAAGUAGGGCACACUUUUCCUGGGGUGGGGAAAGGAAUGACCCUCUCUAAUUCCACGUGCUCUUCGAUUUUUAGGAGCAAAUGUAGAUUCAAGGGUAGCUUCCCUUUCCCACCCCCACCACCAUCCCUUGCAAUUUAAUACCGCGCUCGCCAGGAACCUUAACCUCGUCAUUUUAAAAAAUGAGAUAUCCGUGACCCGGAGUGAACUUGUUGAGUGUAGGUACAGCAGAGGAAAUUCUAGACUCUGUGAGCACCCGAGCCUUGUCCAGCGCAAUCCCUUCGUGCACACUGGUCAGUGCGCGGCCUUGCCCACCUGCGGGCGGACACCGGGUGCUGCGCGCCUCGUCCACCCGCCUUGACCUCGGGCGUGGCGUCCCCGUCGGCGGCGCUGGGCCAGAUAUCUCGGCCUUCCCAGACUGACUCGCCCCAGUUCGUUCCCUCCAAGCUGUCUCCCUCCACCUCCCCACUCUCCCCCCCCGUCCCACCCCUGCCACCCCACUCAACCGCAGCCACUCUACCUCACCAGAUUUCUCCUCAACCAUCCUCUCGCCCCACCCCGCCUACCUUCCCUCCAGCCUCGGGUCUGUCCCCACUCCCCCUCCCCCAUCCUGCAACCCCUAGUUUCUAAGACCUCUUUCCGCAACCCUGCAGGCCUGAAAGCAGGUCACAAGCAGGCACCUUCAAACUCACACCCCACACGCCUCGCCCCCCAAACACACGCACGUUGCCUUUUGUUCCGUUUCUUGGGCCACUUUCUUAUCCCUUCCUCCCUCCCCGACCAGGUUCGCCCCCGCCAGGAGUACGUUUCUGUGUCCCCGAAGCCCUUGCCCUCCCCCUCUGAUUUAUUAGAGCUCCCGGUUUGGCGCAGAUUCCUUUCUCUUCUCCUCCUUCCCAUCCUCCCUUCCCGUCCUCCUUUCCACAGCGGGAGAGCUCGCGCCUGCGGCUCAGUCCGCUCCUGCCUAAGCGCCCUGGCCGGCUCCCUCUCCUUUCGCUCUCCGCGACUCCUCCGGCUCCCGGCUCCCGAGCCCUUCGGCCUCCACUUCCCUCCCCUGCCCCGUUUCUGGUCACCCCUGCCGGCUCCCCCCUUCUCUCUCGCCGGAGCGCUGCGCUCGCUUCUUGAUCGGCCGCCGCGCGGCCGGCUCGGCUGCCCGCCCGCCCGCCACUGUGCAGAGGAGUUUGGUGGAAUCUCUGCUGACGUCACGUCACUCCCCACACGGAGUCCGGGCUGAAGCAAGAGAGAGGGAUGAGAGCGAGGGAGGAGAGAGAGAGUGCAAGAGCGAGCGAGAAAGCUGGAGAAGAGCAGAAAGAAACUGCCCGUGACGGCUAGAUUCCGGAGGCCACCUCGUACCCCUGGACCCCCACGGAACUUGGCACCCUCGGGAGCCCCGCAGUCCUCUCGGCCCGGCUUUCGGGCGCUGGCCGUGCAGCCCGCGCCUCGGCUCGCUGGAAAUCUCUCUGGGACGCGGAGACAGCAGCUCUCGCCCGGUAGCCGAUAACGGGGAAUGGAGACCAACUGCAGAAAACUAGUGUCGGCGUGUGUGCAAUUAGAGAAAGACAAGAGCCAGCAGGGAAAGAAUGAGGAUGUGGGCGCUGAAGACCCGUCCAAGAAGAAGAGGCAACGGCGGCAGCGGACUCACUUCACCAGCCAGCAGCUGCAGGAAUUGGAGGCCACUUUCCAGAGGAACCGCUACCCGGACAUGUCCACGCGUGAAGAAAUCGCCGUGUGGACCAACCUUACGGAAGCCCGAGUCCGGGUUUGGUUCAAGAAUCGCCGGGCCAAAUGGAGAAAGCGAGAGCGCAACCAGCAGGCUGAGCUGUGCAAGAAUGGCUUUGGGCCGCAGUUCAACGGGCUUAUGCAGCCCUACGACGACAUGUACCCAGGCUACUCAUACAACAACUGGGCGGCCAAGGGCCUCACGUCGGCCUCUCUGUCCACCAAGAGCUUCCCUUUCUUCAACUCUAUGAACGUCAAUCCCCUGUCGUCGCAGAGCAUGUUCUCCCCGCCCAACUCCAUCUCGUCCAUGAGCAUGUCGUCCAGUAUGGUGCCCUCAGCGGUGACAGGAGUCCCGGGCUCCAGCCUCAACAGCCUGAAUAACUUGAACAACCUGAGCAGCCCGUCGCUGAAUUCCGCGGUGCCGACGCCCGCCUGUCCUUACGCACCGCCAACUCCUCCGUACGUUUAUAGGGACACGUGUAACUCGAGCCUGGCCAGCCUGAGACUGAAAGCAAAGCAGCACUCCAGCUUCGGCUACGCCAGCGUGCAGAACCCGGCGUCCAACCUGAGUGCUUGCCAGUACGCCGUGGACCGGCCUGUGUGAGCUGCGCCCACUGCGCGGGGAUCCUAGGACCGUGCCAGAUGGGGCAUUCUGCCCUUGAAAGACUGGGAAUUACGCUAGAAGGUCGUGGGCACUCAAGAAAGGGAGAGAGAAGAUAUAGGAGAGGAAAGGAAACCACUGAAUUAAAAGAGAGCUCCUUUGAUUUCAAAGGAAUUUCCUCAAAGUCUAACAUCUUUCACUAAAAGUAUUUCCGACAGUUCCAAGGACACACACAAAUGUUUGACUGGAUAUGACAUUUUAACAUUACUAUAAGCUUGUUAUUUUUUAAGUUUAGCAUUGUUAACAUUGAAAUGACUGAAAGGAUGUAUAUAUAUGGAAAUGUCAAAUUAAUUUUAUAAAAAGCAGUUGUUAGUAAUAUCACAACAGUGUUUUUAAAGGUUAGGCUUUAAAAUAAAGCAUGUUAUACAGAAGCGAUUAGGAUUUUUCGCUUGCAAGCAAAGGAAUGUAUAUACUAAAUGCCACACUGUAUGUUUCUAACAUAUUAUUAUUAUAAAAAAAUGUGUGAAUAUCAGUUUUAGAAUAGUUUCUCUGGUGGAUGCAAUGAUGUUUCUGAAACUGCUAUGUACAACCUACCCUGUGUAUAACAUUUCGUACAAUAUUAUUGUUUUACUUUUCAGCAAAUAUGAAAAAUGUGUUUUAUUUCAUGGAGUAAAAUAUACUGCAUACAAAUUG